CCUCAGAUCAACAAAGCCUCGCUGGACCUACUGAUACACAAAGAAGGUCGCAUGCCGUCCAUCUACCGCGACCAACUCGGCGCCGAGACCAUUGGCGUUGGCCACCGAUGCAUCGAGCCCGCAUGCCUCGAAGUAUCACGCCAAUUCUCCAUUCCCUUGUCACCGGCUGAUAUGGAAGCCCUGCUGCGGCAAGAUCUGCACAAGUUCGAGCACAACGUCAGCAUGAAUCUUGCUGACGUCGACCUGAACGCGAACCAGUACGGCGUCGUGGUCAGUGUGGCGUUCAACGGUGGCGAGAUGGCGCCGCAAUUGUUGGAGUUUUACAAGGCCAUCAAGGCGGCGCCGUCGGGGAACUUUGCGAGUAUCUUUUCGCAGGACUUGCUCGGGCAUGAUUUGGGGGUUGCCGAUGUGGCUAUGCGAAGGAAGGAGGAGUUGGUGCUGUUUAAGACGCCGACUGAUGAGCGGGCUUUGCCG